UGUGAUUUUGAGGUUAAGUAUUCAAGAACUGUCCAAGAAUGUGUUUUUAAAAAUUUUUUAAAGAAAAUUAUAUAUCAAUAUAUCCUCUAAUCUAUUGAUUCGAAAUCAAAAUGGAUGUGAAAGAUACCGACUCAAACAUAGAAGACAGUGUGAAGGAUGGUGAAGUGCUUGGUGUACCUAGCUUUUCAAAUAUGGAAAAUUUUACCAAGGAAGGAUUUAAUAUUAUCAAGGAAUCAAUAAAAAGUGCCAAUGAACUUCCAUUGAGUGAUUUCGACUUUUUUGAAUUGCAAAAACCAUUCAAGAACAUCAUGACUGCUGAAUCAAACCGCCUUUUAACAAUGAUGAAUUGCAUUCUCAAAACUUAUGGAGUAAAAGGAAACUUCAAAACUAGCAGCUUAGAUUUUAGGGCAGAUCUUCUAGUUGAAACUAAUGACACAAUUUUGGAAAGAGUAGCUGACUGUAUCGAUGAAAUGAAUGGUAUCAAAAAAUUCGCCAUUGAUACAACGAAGGCUGAAAAAUCUACCAUAUCAAUUAACGGAUCAUGGAAUAGAGUGAACAAUCCAAAGUUUUCAGCGAAUUUGGCUGCUACAAAUCAUGUUGAUAAUCCGAGCUCUGUAUUGAAACUACUAAGUGGGAAAGAUAUCAAAAAGCCACAAGAAUCUUUCACUGACAAAAUUGAUAAUAGUAAUGAUUAUCCUUGGGAGCCUAGAAUUAAAGAGAAGCCAAACUCCCUCAAACCUUUGGCUAUAUUUUUAGAAGAAACAGAGGCAGGAGAAGAAUUCUCACAUCCAUAUGAAGUGGAACUGGAAAAAUUUUGUGUACCUGAAGAACAACUUGCAGUAGAUGAAGAAGAACCUGUAUUUCCUAAACCAUUAGAAGAAACAAAUUUUGUUGAAGUAGAUACAGAGGAAAAGCUCAAUGAACUCCUGGAAGAUUUAAGAAAGUAUAAAAUGAUUGCUAUUGAUUUGGAACAUCACUCAUACAGGACCUUUAUGGGUAUAACAUGUUUAAUGCAAAUCUCUACAGGUGAUACAGACUACAUAAUUGAUACAUUGAUCUUACGCAACAAGUUAUAUAUUCUCAAUGAAAUUUUCACUAAACCCAGUAUCCUAAAAAUAUUUCAUGGUGCUGAUUCGGAUAUUUUGUGGUUACAAAGAGAUUUAUCCCUCUACAUAGUAAACAUGUUUGAUACUUAUCAAGCCUCAAAAGUAUUGGGCUAUUCAAGUCUUUCCCUUGCUUAUCUGCUAGAAAGAUUCUGUAACUUCACCCCCAAUAAACACUUUCAAAUGGCAGAUUGGAGAAUGCGACCACUACCAGAAGCUUUAAAAAGAUAUGCAAGAGAUGACACACACUAUCUCAUUUAUAUAUAUAAAGUAAUGAAAAUUGAACUUUUUAAAAAGUCAGGUAAUAAUAAUAAACUUUUGUGUAUUGUUUACGAUAGAAGUUUAGAAACUUGCAAAAAAAGGUACUUUAAACCAAGAUGCACAGAAAAUAGUUAUCUAGAUUUUUAUGGAUCAUGUAAAAGAAUGUUUGAUAAAAGACAAAUGUAUGCUCUCAAAGAGCUGUAUAAUUGGAGAGAUCAGAUUGCUAGGAAGGAAGAUGAAAGCUUGGGUUAUGUUUUACCUAAUCAUAUGUUACUUCAAAUAGCUGAAACAUUACCAAGAGAAAUACAAGGUAUUUUAGCUUGUUGCAAUCCUGUACCUCCGUUAGUGAGAUCGAACUUGUCAGAACUUCAUCAGUACAUACUUAAAGCAAGAGAUAUUUCUGUUGAUCAACCUAUAUUAUUAGAAGAUACAAGAGCAAGAGGUACAAUGAUAGAGAAACAGAAAUUUGAUUUAGAUAAUCCAUUCUUUUCUCCAUUUGAUUCAUCUAAGAAAUGCACUGUGGAAAGCAUUCCUGUUUUACUAGAAGAUGAAGAGUAUAAUAUAGCAAAUAUACUCGAUAAUGAAGAAUCCCUGGAGAAAUCUGAGCCCAUAUUUUCUAUAGUCAAAGAAGGAAAUUACUCAAUUGAAAAACCACCUAGGAAGUAUAGAAGCUUGAUUCCAUUUGAAAGAUACAGCUGUGUGAAAGUAUUCUUAGAAGAGGAGGAAAAACAGAGAGCAGCAGAACUGAAAAAUGAGGAAAAUGAAAUGAACACAGUUGAUACAAAGCCUAAUAUCCCUGAAAUUAUUGAAAUUGAAGAGGAUGUUGAGAAAAUAUAUGAAAACUUGGAUCUUCUCACCGAAGACAAUAAAACAGAGGAAGAAAGAUUAUCUCUGCUCAGUAAUCACUUCAGUUUGCUCUCGCAUAAAACAAAGGAAGAUGUAGAAACAGAAAAAAGACUUGAAGAACGAUUAUAUCAAAAAGCAUCUUCUAUGAUAACCGAAAGAGUGGAAAGUCUCGCAGAAACUGGAGGAAGCAGAAAAAGACGAAGAGAGGAAAGUGAGGAAGAGGUAUCGGAUAACGAAGGUUUAGAGCAAAAAUUCUUAAGCCCCACGCCGGUUAAAUCAGAAAAUACUGGAGCUCCGAAGAAGAGUAAAAAACAAAAAAAAAGACUUAAUAAACAAACUUUCCAGAGGAAAGAUAAUGGUACGCCUGACUGGGCAAGGGACAGGGGUAAUAAAAGGAAAUCUGGAGAAGGGACAAGUUCUGAUUCCAAAAAGAGUAGAUUCAGUACGCCUCAAAAAAAUAACACUUCUCAGAAUAAAAGAUGCAACAGACAAAUAGAACCUUUUGAUUACUCAUCAGUUGAUUUCAGGCAGUUUCAAGGGGGUGCUGGUGAAGUAAAUGAAGGAAAAACUAUCAGAACAAAAUUCAGAACUAAGCGAAGCAAUAAACCAAGUAAUAGAGGAAAAAGGCACCAGUGAAUCCCACUCGUAGAUAUCUACGAUCCCACUGUUACUUGUUUAUACUCAAAUAUUUGUUAAAUAUCAUAUUCGAGUUGUAAAUACAUAUCUUGUUUUCUAUUGCCUCCUUGAA